AUCUUUGCGCAGAACAUAACCAACAAAAUGUUUAAUUACUAAAACCAUAUUACGAAAAAUUAUACCGAUGGCAAGUGCUGCGGGAUCCUAUAAACGUAUGUUGCAGUUACUGGAGAAGUGGCCAUUAGAUAAAAGUAAAGCCGGUGGAAGAGAUCUUGCUGAAUACCUACGGUCUCACAUUGACAAAGCCUACAGGGAAAACCAUUUUGAAGCGAAUCAUAAGUACUGGGAUCAACAAUACCUGGCGGCUCAAAAAAUUGUCAACAAUACAAACAAACAUAAAUACAAGCGAUCUUUAUCUUCUACAGCAACUGGACUCACCAAAGAACAGUGUAGCAUUGCCUUAUCGAAUGAAUUUUUAAAUCAGGUUAACAUAAAGGAAAAGUUCUCUAUUAGGCAAUUAUUUUCCGGCACUUCGGAGGAAAAGAAUUAA